UGUUAAUAGAAAGGUGGCGCAAUCUUUAACUGGUAACUGUGUGGCGCUAAUAGCGUUCACCUAGAAGCAGGAGUGAUCUGAAACAACAACAUAACAGUCAGGACCGGUAAAUGCCUCUAAAGGUUACUCCUCCUCCAAUGACUGAACUAGCUUCGAGUUACAUACAAUCCAAGAACUGUGUACGAAAAACAGAUCACACUUCGAAGAAAAAGCAAGCUCCUCCCCCCAAAUAUUUGUGUGUUCCCGGUUCAUUGGCAUUUUUGGAUAAGAUUUCAAUUAUUGAUAAAUCUAACUCAUUAUGCAGUGAAAUCAGAUGUUUGUUUCAAAACAAUGAUAUAGAUAUAGAGGUCGAAAAACUGCAAGCGCUCCAGAAUGACCCAGAUUCCAGUGACGUCCAGUCAGAAAGUGAAUCUAAAGCCAAAUUUUUAAAAAUUGGAAAAUCUCGUCGUCAAUUAAGGAAAGAAAUGAAACACGAAUGGUUAAAAGUUUCGGAUUGCCGAGUUUUCUGGUCUCACAUAUUGCUGGGUUCAAAUGAGAUUAUUCGGUGUUUAGAGAGUUCUGUAUGCAAUAGAAAUGGAAAUAACCAGGAAACUCAAGGAAAGAAAAUAUCAUGCGUUUUCAUUGAUUCUGGUUGGCUGGCAUCACAUUAUGGUCAUCAUUUGGCUAACUUGUGUACUUUGUUAGAUAUUACAUUAGUGGCGAUCAAACCGACAGGAUCAUUACCUGAGUUAGUUACAACUAAGUUUAAAACUGUAAAAAAGCUGGCAGUUUUGGGGUUUUGCUUAUCUAAUGAGAUUCCAUCAGAUCUCUCUGACAUUUGUAAAGAAAUCGAGAUCAAGUUUCAUACACUUGGUGAUAAUACUAGUAGCAUUUCAGUUCCAAUGGACAUUAAAAAACGCGAGACGUCAUAUGAAAUAACUAUUAAUUGUCCAAAAGCCUCUUCAUUAGUCGAGAAAAAAGAAAGUUGGGAAGAUGUGGAAAUCAGCCCAAAAUUAUAUGAUUAUAGUUCACCGUCCCAUGAAUUUACUAUCACUGAAUUUCAGUCAUACCUAUCUUCUCUCGUUCUUCAGUCAUUUGGAAGUGAGAUUGUUCAUGGUAUGCAUGAUAGUAACAAUCAGUCUAACUUUGAAUACAGUUAUGACUUUUGUGUGUAUAAACCACCUGUAUUAAAAGGGGUUGUCGCUCUAACAGAACGUAAAAGCCGAAAACGGAAAAAGUUUACAUCACUAUCUAUUGAGACAAGUAGUUUUGCAUCUCCUGUCAAUUUUCAGCCAUCGACUCCAGUAGACAAACAAUCAUACAAGUGAUAAGGUAAAGAAAGAGGAGGUGCUACCUAUAGUUUUACAAAUCCACUUUAUUACUGGAUUUUGUAAACCUGUGUACCUAGUGUGUAAUAAAAUUUCAGUUAUUCUUUUUAA